AUGUAUUCGGAAUUGAGAUGGCUACCAAAAAGCGAACCUGGUCUCACAGUCGAGGUCGGCGUCGUACUCAUAGUUGUCGUUGUUGUCGUACUACUCGUAGAGCUGGUCGUACUGGUGCUGCUGCUGGUUGUGGUAGCCUCUGUGCUCGUAGUCGUCGGGGUCGGGGUUGUGCUACUGGCAGUACUAGUAGAUGUGCUACUGCUAGUGCUGCCCACUGGGCUACUACUGCCAGAGCUGCUCCUUGUAGAACUAGCGCUCUUGGUCGUUGUGCUAGCCGUCGGACUUGUUGGUGUGCUACUGGUACUGCUACUGGAGGUGCUGGUUAUCUAUCAACCUUCUAUAGUUAUCUAUCAAGCAGUAUAA